AUGCACCUCCUCGCGGCGACGGUGGGAUAUCUCUGCUUCCUCCUACGUGGCACUUUAGCGGCGUUGGUGGACUUCUACAUUAUGUGCGUCCGCGUUGGAUGCGUGUGGAAGCGAAGAUGCGACCGCCAACCAUCGAUGGAGCGGCGCGAUCUUGUCAUGCAGCUGGCGCCGCAGUCGCCGCAGCACAGCCGCCUCAGCUCGUCAGACAUGAUCUUGGCGCUUAAUGAGUCCUUCCUGGAUCGAGCGCUCUGGAUGGGACUGGGCUCCGGCCGGGAACAGCCCACCGCCAUUGUCACGGGAGUCUCGUACGGAGGGAUAGGCUUCUAUGUUGCGCUCAACCUCGUUUUAUGUGGCUUUAACGUGCAUGGCGUCUGUCGCACCCUCAAAUCUGUGCGCCACGCGGGACGGAUGAUGCAGUUUGCCGUGGAGCGGCAGUGCAGGCUACAUAAGGAGUGGGUGGGGAAGACGGGACGCCUUGUCACGCACGUGUGUGACAUGAGUGACACCGUUGCGGUGAGCAACCUCUGUUCUGUACUCGUACGUGAUGCGAACAUUCGCGUGGUUGUCUGUGCUGCGGGUUGCAUGGCGACGCCGCCUCGCCUCUCACCGCAGCGGUUGGAAGAGCAGUUCGCGACACAGCACCUGGGUCACAGCUUAUUGAUGCUUAGGCUGCUGCAGCACCGCAUUCAGCAGCUGAACUUGUACACCUCAGCCCAACCGCAUUGGCGCUUUGUCGUCGUUUCGUGCGCCUUCCCUUGGGGCACAGACCCCACGCAGGGGGAUAUGUUUUACACCUACGGAGACGAUGAGGAAGCCGAGUUCUGCUCCAAAUUUAACCGCUACGACGGCUGGAGUCGGGCAGAGAGGUGUAGACUUUUGUUUGCCCUGGCACUGAGUCGGUACGUCGAGCAAGACCGUCGGCUUGCCCCCUUCUGCACGGUCAACGCGCUCCACCCCGGCCCCACCCGCAGCCGCCUGCUUACCAACAGCCGGCUUCCGCUCGCGGGUUUCCUCGACAGUGGCAUCGGCGCCCUGCUGCGCCUCUCCCCAGCGAUCACCGCGCUGUACGUCACGGACGUUUGCCUCAGCAAACGUCUAGACGCCACGAACGGGCACUUUUUUCGCAUGGGCGAUGAUCAGACGGCGGCUUUUGCCGCACUGCAGAAGGCUGCCGAGGCGAGGGCGGGGUUUUGGGCCAACGCGCCAUUUUUCACCGGGAUGCCGGCGCCAGCCGCCUCCAUGUCAACCUGCAAGCAGAACGCAGUGUGGCGCUUCACCCUCUCCUACCUCGCCUCGCAUGCACUGCUGGAUGCGAAGAUUUUUCGCCAAUACGGAGACGCCAAGCUCAGAUAA